AUGGCCGAAGCGCCGAUGCCCUCCGCCAUCUUGUACUCGGCCUUGGGCAAUCCGAAAGAGGGAUUCCCAGGCUACUGCGCUUCGCACCAACCAGACUGGACGGGGUCGCAGUCCGAAUCAUGGCCCGGCCGUCAUCCCGAGGUCUACAGCCCCUUCCGCGUGGGCCGCUUGCGUGCCGAGCGGCUCAGCGACGGCCGGGGCCGAGGCCUUGCUGCGGGCGUGGACGUGGAGGCGCGCGAGGCCAUCUGCUCAAAUCAGCCGCCUCUCUCCAUACUCCAGUACAGCGACUCACAGAGCCUCUGCGAGGUCUGCACCCACUGCCACCGCUUCUGUGGAAGCUUGGCUUCUGCGCUCCGGAAGUGCCUUGAGGUGGCCAAGGCAGGGAGCCUGGAGGACCACCUCGAGGAUCCCAAGCUGAUUGCCGACCUCGAGGGCCCCGAGUGGCAGCUGCGCGGCCGGGUGCCCUGUGAGAAUGGCUGCGGCGCCGUCUUCUGCAGCGAGGCCUGCGCGGAGGCGGGGCGGCGUCAGGGCUGGCAUCGCGUCCUCUGCGUGGACCUGACGCCGCAGCAGCGGCAGGUCUGGAAGUGCUUCCAGCAAUACUCCGUAAAGUACCACGAGCAGUUCAUCGCCGCAGCCCGGGUCAUUGCCGAGAUCAUCUGUCUGGUGAAGUACUCCAACGUGGAGCUGUGGGAGGCCAUGGCAUACUUCAGCCGAUUCAUGAAGAUGUCCUGGCUGAACAUGCAGAGCAUGCCCUCCAUGUCCGCCUGUCAGGCGGGGCCCCUCCGCGGGAAGCUGGCGGCCAUGGCCCAGGGAAGGCGGGAGCGACGACAACAGGUGGUCCUUGCCUCGCUGGAGCUUCUGGUCGCCAUCCUCUGGGAGGAGCAAUGGUCGGAAGUGUUGUCUUUGGACUACUACUCCAACCUGAUCGGGCAGUUCUCCCUCUCAAACGUGUGGGUGCAGAUUGAGCACCCCUUGAAUGAGCAGCUGCAGGAGAGGUGUAGGGAUGAGGUCUUCCGAAAGUCCUACGGGGGCCUGGUCCGGGCUUGUCAGGAGGCCUUGCAGAAGCUUCGUGCCAGCAGUGAGGAGCCGGAUGUGAAGAAUCCGGAGGAAACGGCCCCCAGCAGGAAGGAUGGCGAGGAGCCCUUCAAUCUCCCGAGGUUUGAGGGCAGUGCCCUCUACCCCUGCGUGGCCCUCUCGAAUCAUUCCUGCCAGCCCAACUUCACCAUGCGCUAUGCCGAUGGCUGCUUCGCCGACAUGGUGGCCCUCCGUAAGGUGCGGGCGGGGGACGAGCUGAACCUCGCCUACGUCUCCCCGUCCACGCCCCUGCCGGAGCGCGUCGCCGCGCUUUGGAGGAACUGGGGCUUCGUCUGCACCUGCCGCCGCUGCCAGGACGAGGUGAUGGUCCGUGCCGUGAAGGGCGACGGCGAUGGCGGUGAUGGAGACGGUGAGCGAAGCCAGCCCGAAGACACGGAGAAGGACGAGGAGAAGCGGGAGAUCGGACGACCGGAUGGAGGCUACCCGUCAAACCUGCCAAAGUUUGGCAACGUGCCAGGGAUCCAGCUCUCCCCCGCAGGCCUGGCGGCAGCCUUGGCCGUCCGCAAGGCCCGUGCUGCCCGCGCCGACACCACCGGCACCCCGUCUGAGAGCAGCGGGGACGAGGGCAGCGAGGACUCGGAGGGCAGUGAGGAAGAGUCCGACUCCGAUGCCAGCGAAGAGGAUGCGGGCGUGAGCCAGGCGCGGAACGCUCCCUUCAGUGGUCCCUUCGGGUCCACUGCUGUUCCCCCCAGCGUGAGGAUGCUUGAAGCAGCCAUGCGCGACCUGGUGGCCGACAUCGCCGACGAGGAGGCAGGCAGCCAGCGGGGGCAAGCCCAGGCACUUGAGACGAGCGCUGAGGUGCAGCUGGGUGCGGCCCAAGGCCUCCUCCAAGCACAGGUGGAGGUGAACCGAACGCAGCUCCUGACGCAAGACAACGAGUCCGAUCUCGGGCCCACCUCUACAAAGUUGUUGCCGGCGCUUGUUGCGUACGCCAAGCACCGUCCGCUGCACUCGGGCAUGACUGAGUGCGCCUGUGCGGCUGGCGGCUUGCUUCUCAUGCUGUACCUGGCCUUCUAUUUGAAGCAAUUGGUGGAGGAGUACGAGGAGAAGGCAACACCUCGCUGCCCGCCGUGGUUCUGCAACAGCAAGCUCAUCAUGCAGGUGGGCGGCGGGGUCAUCUUUGCAUGGGCCUCGGUUGGCAUUGCCGCAUUCAUGUACGUCUUCGAACUCGCCGUUUUGGGCGACACCAGGAAGCUGAAGUUGGAGGAGGCGAUCUACUUCUGCGUGGAGAUCAUCACCACGGUGGGCUACGGGGACGUGGCGCCCUCAACCCAAGCUGGUCAGGUCUUCCUGGCAGCGUACUCGGUGAUCGGCUGCAGCAUUGUUGCGGUGGUCUUCUCCCUGGUUUUCAACUUCUGCCUUGGCAACCAGCGACAGCUCACGCCAAGCUUGGCGCACUCCGCAGCGGCGGCAGCAGCAGCUCGUGGCCCACGCGGCAGCCGGCAGCGCUACGCGGCUGCCGCGCGGACGCUGUGGCCGCUGGCGGCAGCGCUGGCAUCCGGCACGGCCUUCUAUGCUUGCUUCCCUGGUGAGGAGAAGACGCUCUGGGAGGCGUUCUACUUCUCCUUGCAGACGCUCACCACUGUUGGGUUUGGGGAUGUCUAUCCCGUCACGCGUGGGGGCCGAGCAUUUGCGACGGUUUGGAUGCUGCUUGGAGUCACUGCUGCAGCAAACACCAUCGUGACGCUUACCGAUGCCAUUCUCAAGUAUCGGAAAGAGCUUCGGGCAGACAACAUGAGCAAGGAGCUGCUCCUGCAGAUGAGCCAGGAUGGCUCCGGCAAGGUGCAGAAGCUGGAUUUCCUGUGUUACGAGCUCGUCCGCCGGGGCAUCUGCGACAGCGAAGAGCUGAGUGACGUCCUGAACCUCUUCGUCCAGCUCGAUCACCAAGGAGCUGGCUUCCUCCGGGCUCAAGACCUUGAGAGCCUCCCUGCGAAGCCUUCGUGA